AUGAGCGCAUCAGGAAUGGGUCAGACUGAUUGGACUGGUACUUGGCAUGGUGCAACAGAAGCAUAUCCAGAAGGACAACUAGGUCAUGGUUGGAAUGUGACAUUUAUCAUUGGACCCUAUCCCAUGACUGAUGAAACUUGCACCAUAUGGAAUAAUCUAUAUGUCGAUGAAGGUAGUGGUGCGACGGCAGCUGUACAAUGGAUUAAUGAUAUACUCGUCUCAUCAUUCAAAUUUAAUGGUGUAUUCGCUGUGGCGACUAUGCGAAUACGUGGCGACACUCUGGAAGAAGAAAUAAUAAUUGCUGAUGAUAAACCUGCUGCCGAAAACAUUCUUGUGUCUAUGCGAGCACAGAGUAUUAAUCUUAAGAAAAUGAAACGAAUAACUACUUAA